UUUUAUUUUCAAAAUUUAGCACAGUACACGGUCAUUCGCGACGAAGAACCAAGUAAAGCUAGAAAGAUUUUCUCAGAUAUUUCGAAGGUGCAAAUAUUAUCUACGGUGUCACUUGCCUAAUCUAAAGCCCUACCGAAUCUAACUGACAGUAGCGCCGAUCUGCACAUUUUGUCAUUGACGUUGCGCCCAGGCAGAUCAGUUGUUGUCCACGGGAGUAUAGCUGGCUAUGAAUUAGUAGCUACUGGGACACCAACGUAGGUCAGCUAAUUAGCCAGUGCUCGAAGAGAAAGCAGGGAGUAUUCAGGAGUCUACACCAAGAGCUCUGGAGAAACGGGUGAAAUAGCUAGCUAAAUGCCUUUACACUGAAAAUGGGUGAUGACGUUUGUAAAUAACUAGAACAAGCUGGCCAGAGUAGCUAGCUAGCUUAGCAGUUUGCCAACACAACUGUCAAAGCCAGCUAGAUAGGGAUUUAUUUGCUACCACUAGCUAACUGAUUGUCCAUUGCUAAUGUUAUAGCAAUAACCUUAGUUAAUAGCUAGCCCGUGUCAACGCAUAUGCUGGUAGUGAGUUAGCUAGUUGGCUAUUUAGCUAGCUAGCUAUUAUGACAGUCGACACCUUGGUAGCUAGCUAGCUAGCGCCUGGAAAUCGAACGAGGGGGCACUUCAAUAAGAUAGCUAGCUUGUUAACUAACCUAAAUUGGCUACGGUCAUUCAAUUAUCCAAAUCGAAUAGCUAGCUAGGCGUUCUUGUGGAUAGGUAUUGAUUGCAAACAAAUCGGCACUUGGCUUUCACCACCGGAAAAUGAAGAAGUUCUUCGAUUCACGCCGGGAACUUGCGAGUUCCGGGCCUGGUUCUGGAGCAGGUGGCAUUGGGUCGAGCAGCAGCGGUGGCAGUUUUAUUGGACGGGUUUUCACUAUUGGACGGUAUCAAGUGACCGUUGAUGAAACUGUUGCUGAAGGAGGCUUUGCCAUUGUGUUCCUGGUCCGGACCAACCAGGGGGUGCGCUGUGCUCUGAAGAGGAUGUACGUCAACAACGAGCACGACCUGCAGGUCUGCGAGCUGGAGAUCCAGGUCAUGAGGGACCUCGUGGGCCACAGGAACAUUGUGGGUUUCCUGGACUCCAGUAUAACUGCAGUGGGAGCAGGAGAUGUCUGGGAGGUCCUCAUCCUCAUGGACUUCUGUCGUGGUGGUCAGGUGGUGAACCUGAUGAAUCAGCGUCUGCAGACAGGCUUCACUGAGCCAGAGGUGCUGCAGAUCUUCUGUGACACCUGUGAGGCCGUGGCCCGACUCCACCAGUGCAAGACUCCAAUCAUCCAUCGAGACCUCAAGGUGGAGAAUAUCCUGCUCCAUGACCGGGGACACUAUGUGUUGUGUGACUUUGGCAGUGCCACCAACCGCUUCCAGAACCCUCAGACAGAGGGCAUUCCACUGGUGGAGGAGGAAAUCAAGAAGUACACUACUCUGUCAUACCGAGCCCCAGAGAUGAUCAACCUCUAUAAUGGCACGGUCAUCACAACAAAGGCAGACAUCUGGGCUAUGGGAUGCCUGCUGUAUAAGCUGUGCUACUUCACCCUGCCGUUUGGGGAGAGCCAGGUGGCCAUCUGUGAUGGCAGCUUCACUAUUCCAGACAACUCCCGCUACUCCCCGGACAUGCACUGCCUCAUCAGAUACAUGCUGGAGCCUGACCCUGAGAAGAGACCAGAUAUCUACCAAGUGUCCCACUUCUCCUUCAGGCUUGCUGGGAUAGAAUGCCCCAUCCGGAACGUACAUAACUCCCCUAUUCUUACAAAACUCCCCGAACCAAUCAGAGCCAGCGAAGCUGUGGCCAAAAAAAGUCAAUCCAAAGCCAGGCUCACAGACCCUGUCCCCACAAUGGAGACCUCCAUCGCACCCCGUUCACGCCCCAAAGCUGGAGGGACCCAGCCCAUAGGCAUCCUGCCCAUCCAGCCAGCCCUCACCCCACGCAAGAGACCCAACGUGGCUGCAGGAGGGCCCCAGCCCAUAGGUGUUUUAUCCGCUGCCCAGCCUGCUGCUGCUGUCCAAUCGGUUCAGCAGGCACCUGCUGCACAGGCCACAUCCCCACUGGCCCAGACCACCACUUCGCAACCCAUGGCCACGCCCCAGCACCAGCAGGGUCUCUUCAUGAAGCAGCAGGCAGCAGCCUUUUUCAGCCCGCAUCAGCAAGUCAACCAGCAUCAGCUGGUGCAGACCCUCUACAAACGGCAGCAGCCUCCCAUGCCGGCCCCCCAGAGCUCUGUGGCUGUGCAGCCCAAAGCUAAUCCUGUUGCUCCUCUGCAGCCACCAGCCGGCCCUGUGCCCCCCUCCCCCCAAACAGCAGCUCCCCCUCAGCCUGCAGCCACAGGACCUGCUGCACCUGAUUCCGGCUCUGACUGUGACUCUGAGCCCACGCCUCUGGCAUCUGGCCAUGGGCUCCACAAGGUUGGCUCCCUGACGCCCCCCUCCUCCCCAAAGAUGGGCCCCCGGGGUGGCCACAGGCGCAUACUGAGCGAUGUCACCCACAGUGCUGUGUUUGGGGUCCCAGUCAGCAGGUCCACCCAGCUACUGCAGGCGGCUGCAGCCGAGGCCAGCCUCAACAAGUCCAAGUCAGCCAGCACCACCCCCUCUGGCUCCCCCUGCUCCUCCCAGCAGUGUGUGAACCAGCCAGUUGAGGGCGGUGCCCAGACAGCUCCCUUUGCACCGUCUGGCAGCUGGAACCCGUUUGGUGACGACAACUUCUCCAAGCUCACUGCUGAGGAGCUACUCAACAAGGAUUUUACCAAGCUGGUCGAGACUACAACAGGGGAGAGGGCCAGCCUCUCCACAGAGAACCUCAUUCCAGGUCUGCAGCCUGUCUCUGCUGCUGGUGCUACAGGCAAGGCUUUCCCAGCUGAGAGAUCUGCUGACAUCCUGAGUUUGAAUGCAGGCUCAGAGAUGUUGAGUGGCCCGGACCCCUUUAACACACACUCCCUCUCUGACACCCCAGAGAAGCUGAUUGAGGGACUGAAGUCCCCUGAGACUUGUCUGCUGCUCCCUGACCUUUUGCCCCUGGCUGAUCCCUUCAGCAGCUGUGGAGAGGGCAACAGCAAUGCUGCAGCUAAGGCUGAUACGUAUGUGGACUCUCUGAUCCUGGGUCUGGACACAGCCUCAGCCAGCCUGCCAGACCCUCUAGCUGGGGAGGACUCUCUGCUGGGCUGCUCUCUGCUGUCUCACACCUCCACCCCUGGGGUUCAAACUGUCUGUGUACCUCCAUCCUCCUGCUCCUCUGUCUCCUGUCUGGAUGAGCUGGCUUCUGUCUCAUUUGGCACUGCCCAAGCACCUGCUGACUCUGCUUACCUCAUGUCGGGCUUCCAGCCACCCGAGGCUGGGGAGAAGGGCACUGAGGACGAGUUUGACCCCAUCCCUGUGCUCAUCUCCAAAAACUCCAACAACCAAGAGCUGAAAGGGGUGAGUAAUGGUUACGCUGUGCUGGACGAGGGGGGUUCUGAAAUUGAGCUGCCUGGAGAAGGUCACAGAGCAAACGAAGGCUGUAUCCACUCCAGCGAUGAUGAGGAAGACGAGAGAGUGAAGGAGGAGCAGGGCAAGAGGGCCAGUGAGAGUGACGUGGUUCAUGACUACAGUGGCUCUAGACCUUUGCUGCUGGAUUCAGAUGAAGAGGAGGAGCAGGGGUCUGAAUUACUCCUCCCAUCCUCCCAGCCAUCCCUAUCACACACACAACUCUCUACUUCCUCCCACCAACCUACCCCAUCCCUCUGUGCCCCAUCCCUGAAUCAUUCCCACCAGAUGCCACAGCAAGCCAGGGUGGUUGAGGUUGUCCCUGAUGUCUUCUUCAAAUCCCCCUUCAGGAUUGAACAAGAGGAGGCAGGCGACGUGUUCGCAAAUGCCCCCUUCCAACGUCCCCCUGUUGUGGCUCAACAGCAUCCAGACGUCUUCCUGCAGGCCCCCUUUGUGAAGCCCAAUACCCAGCACCUUCACCCAGCUGUGGUUCACCCUGUGGCCCCUGAACCAGCCCUCUUGAGCCAGGCGGCCACACAGCCUUUCCGCCCACAGGCCCUGGCCAUGUACUCCCGACACUUUGAGGGCCCCUUGCCUCACCAACCUGUGACAGCUCAGAGGGUGGUGUCCAAUGUGAGCAGGCAAGCUGCUGUGGACCCCUUACACUCCUGGACUUCAGAGGUGAACUCAGUAGACCCCUUUGUCUCUGCGCCCUUUCACAUCAAGGCCCCACAAGACAAGCCCUGAAAGAUCUUAUCCUUUCCUACAGGGAAGCGGAGCCAGCAUUGGAGCCCACACCUGUGCACACUACACUAAGGCAUACACACUGCAUGCUGUCACCUGCACCGGGGCUGCACUGCAGGGCAGCAUAGAACUCUUAAGAUCUUGUCCUUACAAACUUCGAUCAUUCUGGAUAUUGAGCAAGGUCAUCAAUGUGUUUUUUUGCUGCAGUAGAAUUGAGGUGGGUCCUCAUUUAUAAAUGCUGUGUAUACACAAAAUAUGCCCCAAAACAUGCAUGCAGCAGUUUAAGCAAAAGUUGUCAUUUAUAAAAACUGAACUUGACGUGAGAAUGUGAUUAUCCUGCCUCCAUGCGUAUGCAGUUUCAAGUGGUUGAAUUUUUGCAAUGCAAUUAAGGGAAAAGUAGCAUAGCAGCCUUGUGCAUGAAUACAGUGGCCUUCAGAAAGUAUUCAUACCCCUUGACUUAUUCCACAUUUAGUGAAUUAUGUGAAGCCUGAAUUCUAAAUGGAUGUUUACCCAUCUACACACACAAACUUAUGACAGUGAAAACAUGUUUAUAGAAAUGUUGCUUAUUUAUUGAAAGUUAAAUGCAGAAAUCUCAUUUACAUAAGUAUUCACAUCCCUGAGUCAAUACAUGUUAUAAUCACCUUUGGCAGUGAUUACAGCUGUGAGUCUUUAUUGGUAAGUCUAAGAGCUUUGCACACCGUAAAUGUACAGUAUUUGCACAUUCUUUUAAAAUUAUAUUGUUUGGUGAUCAUUGCUAGACAGACAUUUUAAGUCUUGCCAUAGAUUUUCAAGCUGAUUUAAGUCAAAACUGUAACUAGGCCACUCGGGAAUAUUCAAUGUUGUCUUGGCCUUCUGAAAGGUGAAUUUGUCUGUUGGAAAGCAGACUGAGUCAGGUUUUCCUCUAGGAUUUUGCCUGCGCUUACCUCUAGUAUAUUUUUAUUCCCCAAAAACUCCCUAGUCCUUGCCAAUGACGAGCAUACCCAUCAUGAUGCAGCCACCACCAUGCUUGAAAAUAUAGUGAUACUCAGAUGUGUUGUGUUGGAUUUUCCUCAAAUAUAACGCUUUGUAUUCAGGAUAUAAAGUAAAUUUCUUUGCCACAUUUUUGGCAGUUUCUUGCAAACAGGAUGCAUGUUUUGGAAUAUUUUUAUUCUGUACAGGCUUUUGUCAUUUAGGUUAGUCUUGUGGAGUAACCAAAAUGUUGAUCCACCAAGCUCAAAGGGAUAUUCAAUGCUUGUUUAUUUUUAUCCAUCUACCAAUAGGUGCCUUGCUUUGCGAGGGAUUUUAAAACCUCCCUGGUCUUUGUGGUUGAAUAUGUGUUUGAAAUUCACUGCUCAACUGAGGGACUUCACACUUAUCUGUAUGUGUAGUGUACAGAGAUGAGAUGGUCACUAAAAAAAAUCCUGUUAAACUAUUGCACAGUGUGAGUCCAUGGAACUUGUGACUUGAGACUAUUUUUAUUUAGGUUGCCAUAAAAGAGAUGACUCUAGACAUUUCAUUUUUUUAUUAAUUUGUUAACAUUUCUAAAAACAUAAUUCAACUUUCACAUUAUGGGGUAUUGUGAGUAGCCCAGUGAGACAAUCUCAAUUUAAUUAAUUUUAAAUUCAGGCUGUAAAAUAAAAUAGCCAAAUGUGGAAAAAUUACAGGGGUGUGAAUACUGAAUUCUGAAGCCACUGUAUAUAAUAAUACUCGAAUUCAUAACACAAACAGGUAGCUAAAUAUAACAAGAUACAGUAAUUUGUCAUUAGUGAGAUGAGUAAAAAUCUAUUUAUUUUCUUUGGUUUCUAAAAUAAUUAGAAAAGUAAUUUUUCAUUUCCAUGAUCAUUUCAUAAUUAAUUCCUCACCUUUUCUGACUAAUGGCUUCAUAUUCACAAAAUUGCCUAUAGGCCUAAAGCAAGUUAUUAAAGGCUACAAUUUAUCCCAUUUCUCAAUUAAUUAAACCCACUUUACAAUAGUAAAUAGAUGAGCUAUUUCAAGUAUUUUGCUCUAUGCAAUCCGACGUGAAGCUCAGUUUAACGGUAGAAGAUACUGUUCCUUUUCCAUUAACGUUUGUAGGCUACCUCUGAAUACUGUGCUGUCAAAUUUCUCGGGUAGGCAAUAUUUAAUUUAUAAACAUGCAUACACCGAGUACACGAAACAUUAAGAACACCUUCCUAAUAUUGAGUUGCACCCCCCUUUUUGCCCUCACAACAGCCUCAUUUUGUCGGGGCAUGGUCUCUACAAGGUGUCAAGCAUUCCACAAGAAUGCUUCCCACAGUUGUCAAGUUGGGUGGUGGACCAUUCUUGAUACACACAGGAAACUUGAGUGUGAAACCCAGAAGCGUUGCAGUUCUUGACACAUUGGUGCGCCUGGGCUGGCACCUACUACCAUACCCCGUUAAGAGGCAUUUAACUCUUUUUGUCUUGCCCAUUCACCCUCUGAAUGGCACACAUACAAACCAUGUCUCAAAUCCAUCUUUAACGUGUCUCCCCCCCUUCAGCUACACUGAUUGAAGUAAAUGUAAUAAGUGACAUCAAUAAGGGAUCAUAGCUUUUACCUGAAAUUCACCUGGUCAGUCUGUCAUGGAAAGAGCAGGUGUUCUUAAUGUUUUGUACACUCGGUGUAUAGGCUUAUCAUAAUCAUUGCUGAAUACAUUCCUUACCUUUUCUGUCCAAGUUGAGUUCAUAUUUCUGACACAACCAUACAAUAAAUGCAUUUAAAUGCA